GCAGCUCCCAUGGAGGCUGAGGGCUGCUGGCCAGGCGGCUGGAGCGAGGCUUUUGCAUGCCCAGAGCAGGGGUUACUGCAUCCGAUUUGGGACAGGACGCUACGCACGAGGCCGAGCACUGAAGAACAGCCGCAUGCUAGUGGGGGCUGCUUUUGCCCUGGGAGGCACCUUCGGCCUGUUCCAGACUCUCCAUUACCCCUUAAAGGCGCAGGAGCCCCUUGCAGAGCAGCAGGCAGCCAAGCUCCCUGCUGGUAGCCUGCAGUUGACCCUGUACCAAUACAAAACCUGCCCAUUCUGCAGUAAGGUCCGUGCCUUCCUUGAUUACCAUGGGGUGCCUUAUGAAGUUGUGGAGGUGAACCCAGUAAUGAGGAAGGAGAUCAAAUUCUCCUCCUACAGAAAGGUGCCCAUUCUUUUAGCCAACGCUGGAAACACUCUGCAACUGAAUGACUCUUCAAUGAUCAUCAGUGCAAUCAAGACCUAUCUUGUUUCCAGGAAGAAGAGUUUAGAAGAGAUUGUGUCAUUUUAUCCUGCUAUGAAAUCUGUGAACGAGAAGGGCAAGGAGGUGAUGGAGUAUGGGAACAAAUACUGGCUCAUGCUGGAUGAUAUGGAGACCCAGCAUAUGUAUCCCAUCAAAGAAGCUAGGGUGGAGGAAAUGAAGUGGCGAGAAUGGGCAGAUAACUGGCUUGUUCACCUUAUCUCUCCCAACGUUUAUCGAACACCGAGGGAAGCCCUGGCAUCUUUUGAUUACAUUGUCCGUGAGGGCAAGUUUGGGACUAUGGAAGGCUUUUUUGCCAAGUACAUGGGGGCCAUUGCCAUGUUCUUCAUCAGCAAGAGGCUGAAGACCAGGCACCAUCUCCAGGAUAAUGUCCGAGAAGAUUUGUACAAAGCAGCCAAUGACUGGGUUAAAGCUGUUGGCAAACACAGACCAUUCAUGGGUGGCAGCCAGCCGAAUCUCGCUGACUUGGCAGUGUAUGGGGUCCUACGGGUCAUGGAAGGGCUGGAAGCCUAUGAUGAUAUGAUGAAUCAUACCAUGAUUCAGCCUUGGUACCAUCGGAUGGAGAAGGCCAUUGGGGAGGCUGAAGUCACGAACUGGCAACUGCUGCAGCCUCCUUUCUAAAAUCAUUGGACAGAAAAACAUUACAAAGGAAAGACCUUCCGUUUUAAAAAUAGAACGGAUGGGCUCUUCUUCCUGGACUGAGGGUGCAAGCACACAGAUUAUCCAUCUUGGAACUAAUAAGGGGUUUUGUGAGAUCAAGAAAGCAGGAAGGGACAGAUGUGCACAGCAAAGUAUUUGUGAAAUUUAGAAUAAUAGAAAUAUGCAAAAGAUGCUGACCUUGGACCUCACUGGAGAGGAAGGUAAAUUCUGAUUAAACAGUGAAGUACAGCAAAUUGACUUUCUUGUGGUGAGUCUGAUACUUAAGAGUAUGUUUGUUUGUUUUUUAAACCACUAUACUGGUAGAGUCUGCUUGGACUCUGGAGCAGAAGCAAUAUUUAAAAUCUGUUCAGUGUUGACUUCAGGCUGUACCUCCACAUUUGUCCAAGUUGUCUUGAGUGUCUUCCUGACUAUUUGAGAUACUGUGUAACUCUUAAAUGGCAUUAGGAUUUGAUCUGCAAUAGCAUCCUGUAAGUGUAGGGCUGUGGGAAAUGGGAGAAUCAGCAGCACUGAGGAAGGGAUCCCUUUGAUGGAAAAGACCUGCUCUUUGCAGGCUAUGUGCUUCCAGUCAUCCAAGUGAUCUCCAUUUAAACUGUUAUGUCAAGAGCUGACUUUCUUUGUUGUCAGUGGCAAUAUAGGCAUGAUUCCUUUUUCUAUGCAGACUAUGGCAUGAGGGGCUUCUAAUCUAUCAGGAAAUAGAGACCCAGGAAACGCAACCUAGGAUGAAGAAAAAAAUACUAAAUGAUUAUUUGAAAGGAAAGAUUUCUACCAUGAGUUACAUUAAAAAUCUUCCUGGAAAUAUGAAAUAUAA